UAACACGAACACAAAAACAAACAAAUACACAAUAAAAAAAUAAUAAUAAAUAAAUAAAAAACCUAUUCAACUCAACCACCCAUCUCAUCCCAUUAUCCAUUCUGUUCUCUCCUAGCGUUUCAUCUUUUACACAUCAAGUGGUACCAUGGUACUUUUAUUUCACAUGUGAAAAAUAUUCUUGAAGAAAAAUAAUAUACGUACCUCGCCAGAAUACAAAAUCAAACAAACAUACAUAUAUUUAACAAAAAAAAUAUAUAUAUUUAUCUAUUAAACUCAACCAUUAAUCCUUUAUAAUCUUAUCCCUAUCUGUUAUUCUUAUUCAUCUGCAUUUUCAACUUUUUCUCCUUCAGUUUCUGAAUUGGUAGUAAUACUUACUCUAAUAAUGGCGGAACCAACAUGGGAAGAACUCCUUGGACACAACAACUGGGAAGGCAUUCUCAACCCUCUAAACCUCAAACUCCGGCAACUCCUCCUCCGCUGCGGCGACUUCUGCCAAGUCACUUACGACUCCUUCAACAGCGACCAAAACUCCAAGUACUGCGGUGCUUGCCGCUACGGCAAGUCCUCUCUGUUCAGCAAAGUAUUUCUCCAAAACGGCACCGACUACGACGUCGUUUCCUACCUCUACGCCACAGCUAGAAUUAGAGUCCCUGAGGCCAUCUUACUCCGUUCCCGCUCCCGCGAAUCAUGGGACCGAGAGUCCAAUUGGAUGGGCUACGUGGCAGUAACGACAGACACGGUCAGCAAAGCCCUUGGCCGCAGAGAAAUCUACGUGGCAUGGCGUGGCACAAUCAGAGACUACGAGUGGAUCAACGUGUUGGGAGCUGAUCCAGAGUCUGCCAAGCCUUUGUUGAGUAGUGAAGAUGAAGAUGAUGAAAAGAAUCAAGCUCGGGUCAUGAGAGGUUGGCUUACCAUAUAUACAUCGGACAAUCCAAAUUCCCCAUUCGUGAAAACAAGCGCACGAGUUCAACUUUCGACCAUAAUCAAGAGCUUGAUAAACAAGUACAGAGACGAGAAACUGAGCGUAGUUAUCGCCGGGCAUAGUCUGGGGGCCAGUCUGGCUGUUAUAAGCGCAUUUGAUAUAGUUGAAAACGGCGUCGUUCCAAAGGAAAUUCCAGUCUCUGCUUUUGUCUUCGGAUGCCCUCAAGUGGGGAACAGAGAGUUUAGAGAAAGGGUGGAAAGUCAUCAAAAUCUUAAGAUUCUCCACACAAGGAACACCAUUGACCUCAUAACAUUGUAUCCAGGGCCACUGCUUGGGUACGUGGAUAUUGGGACCGAGCUGCGGAUUGAUUCUAGAAAGUCAGAGUACUUGAAGGCGUCGAUGGUGCCAGGAGACUGGCACAACUUGCAGGGGAUUUUGCAUGUGGUGGCGGGUUGGAAUGGGAAAGAUGAGGAGUUUGAGCUGAGAGUGGAGAGGAGCUUGGCAUUUGUGAACAAGUCUUCGGGGUUUCUCAAGGAUGAUUACUUGAUUCCAGAUUCCUGGUGGGUUGAGAAGAAUAAAGGGAUGGUAUUUGAUCAAGCUAGUGGGGACUGGGUUUUAACUUCACCUGGUGAUGAAGAUUUGCCUGUGCCUGAGUUUUGACUUUUAAGUAGUAGUAACGCCAUCUACGGUCUACCUUUAUUUUUGUUUGUUCUCAAAACUUGUAUUAAUUCUAAAUCUCUGCCACCCACCAGAAAAGCCACGCCCCAUGUGAGAUACAAAUGUUAAUGUUGCUUAAGAAGCUGUUGGAUUGUUUGAAUGCUUUUUAUUAGUAAAUUAAUAUUUUUUGGCUUUA